GCGGCGGCCGAGUAGGGCCGGUCCUCUCAGCCCGCUUGCUCUUUGUCAGGCGGGAGGAGCUCGUCAGGGAGCGGCGCUGCGGGCGGCGAGGGACGGAGGACGAGGAAGCAGUUUGCCCCAUCCAAGUAAAAUGGGAUCGAAACAGAUUGCACAGGAAACAUUUGAUGAUGCAGUGCAAGAAAACAUUACAGAAUUUGAAAUGGAUCCGGAAGAGGCUGUGAGAGAAGCUGUGCAGCAGUUUGAGUCCCAAGGUGUUGACCUAAGCAAUAUUGUGAAAGCUGUGCGGCAGCCUGCCUCUGAAAAUGGUCAAAAGCAAAAGCAUGAAAUUUUGCUGACUUUAGAUUCCCUUGGGAGAGCCGUUGCCGACUCUGAUCUUGCUGAGAUGGCCGAGCAGCUAGUGGUCUUUACUGAUCAGUGCAAAGAACAGCUGGCUUUCCGCUACCUGGCUGGGCAGAAUGGUGCCUAUUCUGUGGUAUUCUCUGCCUGCCAGCUGGCUUCAGGAGACAGAAAUUUAAUGCUGAAAGCCUUUUAUACUCUGUCUGCCAUCUUGGAUGGGCAGCCAGACCUACUUGACUCCGCUGGCCAGGAUCUACUGCUACAAACUCUGAAAGAAUAUAGGGAGGAUGCGGAAAUGACGCUGGCUGGGAUCCGAUGCAUUCGGCAUGCCUGUCUGAAACACGAGCAGAACCGUCAGGACUUUGUGAAAGGUGGGGUUCUCCCACUUCUGACUGGAGCUAUAGUCCAGCACGGAGACAGUGCCGAUGUCGUCCGAAUGGCCUCCUCAGCGCUCAGGAUCAUGACGUUUGAUGAUGACAUCCGCGUGCCCUUUGGUCAUGCUCAUGAUCAUGCCAAAAUGAUUGUGCUGGAAAAUGAUGGGUUAAGAGUCCUCAUUGAAGCUGCAAAAGCAUUCACAGAUAACUCCAGUGUUCUCAGUGAACUGUGUGCCACCCUUUCUCGCCUCUCUGUCAGGAAUGAAUUCUGUCAAGAAAUUGUGGACCUCGGCGGCUUAAAUUUUAUGGUGGCUCUCCUGGCUGACUGCAUCGACCAUCCGGACGUGGUGAAGCAGGUGCUGAGCGCCAUCCGAGCGGUUGCGGGUAAUGACGAUGUGAAAGAUGCCAUCGUUAAUGCUGGGGGAACGGACCUCAUUGUGCUCGCUAUAAGCCAUCACCUUGCCAACCCUCAGAUCUGUGAGCAGGGUUGUGCAGCCUUGUGCGUGUUGGCUUUGCGCAAACCUGAGAACUGUAAUGUCAUCAUGGAAGGCGGAGGGGCGUUGGCAGCUCUUCAGGCUAUGAAAGCACACCCACGAGAAGUGGCCGUACAGAAACAGGCUUGCAUGCUGAUCCGCAACCUGGUCUCCCGGAGCCGGGACUUUUCUCAGCCCAUCUUAGAGAUGGGAGCUGAGAACCUAAUAACAGAAGCUCGCGCAACACACAAGGACUGCGAUGACGUGGCCAAAGCUGCACUGAGGGAUCUUGGCUGCAAAGUGGAGCUCCGAGAGCUGUGGACAGGUCAGAAGGGAAGCCUAGCUCAGUGAAUCAUCGCUCCACUGAGCAGUGGAGCUUCAAGACGUCUAUGUACAUGAAGUCUAAGGGGGGAAACAAAGUGGCAUGGAUUAAUUUGCAGUUACAUUGAACUGGAAUAUCUGAAGCAAAUGCCUGGCUUGUGAGGCUGUGGUGAACUUUUUAUUGGGAGCUACAGCUGAAAUGGCUUUAUGCAUUCACAGGCUGCAAAUCAACUCUGUGUUGUAAUCAUUCCCCGAAUCAUCUAAUGCCUGAAGAUGAUCUGCUCUCCCCUGUUAUUAUGUAUGUUACUUGUGUACAGAACAGGGCCGCUCCCAUGUGCUCUGUUCUAUACAGUAAGAGCAAAAGUGGAUCUUUUCUGGUAGGAGUUUGGUACGUUCCGUGGCAGCUGGUUCUGAUUUGUUCCUCCGCUCUCUGCUGAUGGAGGCUGGCAGCCUGAUCUGGUAAUGGGAUGGCUGAGGAGGAAUCCCAUCAUUUGUGAAUGUGUUCUGUCCUGUUGUACUGUUCUACUAACCGUUAUUUUACUGCUGACCAUAUUCUGUGUUGCUGCUUUGUUUUGGAUUUUCAGCCAACGUAACAUUUUAAACAAAAGCAAAGUAAGGAUUUGGGAUAGUAUGGCCCAAAGCAACAUACCUUAUGAUGAUGCCAUUUGCAUCCAGGAGGAAAGUUCAUGUUCUCUUUCAGUGAGAUGAGCAAGUUGGGGACUGGUAGCGAGGAUGGUAGUUUCAAAGCAGGGACAAACUGGCAGUGGCACCACACAGCGGGAAGCCAGCACUGGGGAGCCCGGGAUUUGCUUAUAUCUUGGCAGGGCGGUGCUUCCCUGAAUCCAAGAGUGCUCUAAUUGUAAUGAAGAGGCCGUGUGCCUCGUGGACUGAAGACAACUGUGGACUUGGGGGGCAAAACAGGAGAGGUGAAACAUCUGGAAAGGCUUUGAAGUCUCAGCUAAAGGCUUCUGUGUGCCCCCAGCCACGUGGUUCCUAUUUCUUGCUGGGCUGCGUUGUUACCAGCUCUGCUCUGGGCGCUGAACCUUUCUCCUGCGCUGCUACUGAUGUUGUACUUGAGUGGAUGUUUUCUAACGUGAUACUCUGUAGAAAUGUUGACCCUAUAAAACGUAAAAAUG